AUGGGAAAUCUUCGUGAGCUGCAUUAUUUGUAUCUAGAUAUUAAUCAACUAACCAAUGAACCUAAUAAGAGUGAGCUGUCAUUCUUGAACUCUUUGGUAGAGUGUAGGAUGCUCCGAUAUCUAGAUGUGGGUGCCAACCCCUUGAAUGGUGUUCUACCUGAUGCUAUUGGGAAUCUUUCAACUCUUAUCGAAAUAUUUGAUAUAGGGGAUGCACACAUCAAUGGCCUCAUACCCAGAGGUAUAGGCAAUUUGAGCGCUCUAACGACCCUAUACUUGGGAAACAACAACUUGAUGGGAAGUAUUCCUUCCGAGGUCAGUAAACUUAAACAACUUCAAGGUCUAAAUCUAACUCAUAAUAAAUUAGAUAGGCAUAUUCCACAAGAAAUAUGCCAUUUAUCUAAUUUGGUUACAUUAGCUCUGGAUGACAAUGAGCUCUUCUACGGGAUGUAUUCAGAUACAUAG